ACUCCAUACAUGAAUGCACAUGAAUACAUUUACAACCACGUCAUUUCUCCAGGCUGCAGGCAUGCAGCACGUUUACAGAGAUUAUUUUUGUAUUUGAAGCUUAAUCAACAAUGGAAAUACAGUUGUGACCAAAAUUAUUAGCCCCCCAGGAAUUAUGGAACAUUUUCCUAAAAUUCUUCCCAAUGUUUGCAGCAUUGAUAAAACUCAAUAUAAUCAAACAUUCACCAGCGCUUUUUAGUAGCUUUUGGUACAUUUUGUAACAGUGAUAAUGUUUGAGUGUGUGAAGAGAGUUGUGAACAGAAGAGAUGAAGGUUUGCAUGAGGCCAUUGAUACAUUUUUUGCUUUAGAAGUCUUAAGCUUUAAAAGGAAGGUGAGGUGUUUUAGAUUGAGAAUUUAGAUGAUGAUAUUUUGAUAAUCCAUUAAUUAAAAAAAAAAAACAUAUAUUGACUAUAGUCCCAGGUUCCCAUGCGCUAAUAAACUGAAUAUUAUAAGUUGUGGAGCGUUGGUUGGACACAAAACAAAACAAGCAAUUUGAAGUGGGAAUGGGAAAUUGUGAUGGAUAUUUUCAUUAAUGCAUACAUACAUACAUACAUACAUACAUACAUUAAUCAACCAUGAAAAUAAUAAUAAGUUGCAGCCUGAAUAAAGGUUAUUGAUUAAACUGUCUUGCCUUUAGUCUUAGUCACUCACCUACUAUUUGUUCAUUGUAUGCAUUGAGUUAGUGAAGUAAAUCUGAUAUCAGUUUUAUGUAGAGCUGAGAUGAUCAGUAGAUCAAUUAGUCAAAUGACAACAAAUAAAUUGGCAAAUUUUUUUUUAAUAAAUAGUUAAUUGUUUCAGCCAUUUGGUAGUUCAUCAUUAUUUUAGUAUUAUAAGCCCACUUUUUCUAUAAGAGGAAGUUGUCUGGAAAUGGAUCCAUCUCUCUGCUGCUCUAAGCAGUUGUGUGAUGCUCUUGUCAGAGACGUGGGUCUAUAACCACAUUGGUUUGACCUAACAACCAUCUCCUGUUUUUGCAGUUGUUCUAAGAGAGCUCAUUUGGUAACCACACCUUCCUCUAAAUGGAGCUCAAAGAGCAGCAAAGACAGUCUGCAGACUCAGUUUUCAGCAAAACCAUCCUUCAACUAAACCUGACUUCAUUGUCCUCUCGUCAGUGGUUUUUUUCUGCUGUCGUCAGCCAUGCUGGCAGCGUUAACUGUUGCCUCCCUGAGCCUCUUGGUGUGGGCAUCAGACCUCUGCCCCCCAACCUGCCAAUGUCUGUACAACCUGACUUCCGUUACAUGUCAGCAGAAAGGACUGGACCAGAUCCCUGAGCUGCCAGAGGGCUCAGAGCAGCUGUACAUCUCAUACAACAAGAUACAGGAAAUACCCCGCCGUGGGCUGGAGAAGCUGCAGAUCUUGGACCUGACUAAGAAUCAGCUGAAUGUCUUCCUAUCCCUCAACCCUUGGCCCAAUAUGACGAAGCUGUCCAAGCUCUUCCUACGUGACAAUGGCCUGAGGUCUCUACAUGCUGGUCAGUUCCCAAACUGCACUGCUCUCCAAUUACUAGACCUGAGUGAGAACCUGCUUGAAUAUAUACCAAUCGGAUUCCUUGGUGGAUUAGUUAACCUGAAGAUACUGUUUCUGAAUUUUAACAAGAUCAGCAGGUUACAGGUUGGUGGACUGGAAGGGGCCUUCGCCCUUGCUGACCUCUACUUCAGCCAUAAUGUUAUAACAGAGAUAGAGGGGGGUGUUUUUACAAACUCCACAGCAUUAGAUAGACUUGUUCUUUCAAAUAACAGAAUCAUGAGGGUGGAUGAGGCCAGUUUUAGUGGAGCGAUAAGUCUCAAACACCUUGACCUGAGUGGUAACCAGCUGGUCACUGUUCCAUCUGAGGCACUGAGCGAUGUAAAGAGGCUCAAGUUUCUGAAUCUACAGAUGAACAGCAUCAUCAAUCUUCCAGACGACUGCUUCUCUUCACUCGGCCUGUUGGAUCAUCUGGAUUUGAGCAAAAAUAAACUGACCACUGUUUCUGAGGGAUCACUGAGAGGUCUGACCAUGCUGAGUGAGCUGGACCUCAGUGCCAACCUCAUAGAUUCUCUUCCCUCAAAAGUCUUCAGUGACCUGAUCAAACUUGAGUUACUUGAUUUGUACAGGAACAGACUGACGUCUCUUCCUCUGGACAUAUUCAGUAACUUGACCAAACUGCGACAGCUGCAGCUGAACAGCAAUCAGAUCUCUGCCCUUCCAGAUGGGGUAUUUGAUGCUCUGUCCAGACUCAACGAGUUACAGCUGUCGAACAACCACAUCCUGGAGCUCCAUCCUGCUCUGUUCACCAAGCUCAAGUCUCUACAGAACCUGUACUUGGAUCACAACGCUCUGAGGCACCUUCCCAAUGGACUUCUCCACAGGACAAGUGACCUCAGAGAGAUAGACCUCAAUGACAACCACAUUAGCUCUCUACAUCCCUCAUUCUUCCAAGGUUUAGUGAGGGUACAUUCGCUGAGGCUCUCUCAUAACCACCUCUCCUCUUUACACUCAGACCACUUCAGAGACCUUGUCGGCUUAAAGGAGUUAAAACUCAAUGGAAACAAUAUAGGCAAACUUCCUACAAGCCUGUUCAUGAAUCUAGCAAAUCUCACAACACUGGAUCUGGACAACAACUGCCUCUCAGAGCUGUCUCAUGAUGACCUUGUCAGGCUAACCCACCUUAAAGAGCUCAGGUUGAGCUUCAAUCAGCUCCAUGACAUCCCUUUCAACACCUUCCAUCUCCUCCACAACCUCCGCAGGCUUCAUCUGAUGAACAACAGCCUGGUCAGUUUACACCCUCAGCUCUUUGCCCGGCUUUCAAAGCUAAGAGAACUAAACUUGGAGGGAAACAAGCUGGAUCACCUGCAGCGUGACGUCUUUCAAGGACUGAAAAACCUCCACAGAUUGAGUCUGAAGUCCAACCAGCUCAGAGCAGUGGAGAAUGGGACCUUGGAGCCUUUGAGAAAGCUUAAUUCUAUCUGUCUGUCAGGUAAUGUCUGGGACUGCACCUGUGCACAUGUUCUCUACAUCAGCUGCUGGGUCAACAAGCACAGAGACAAGCUAGGAGAUCGGCCAACCUGCUUCUUCUACUCUUCAUCGACUGUAUCACCCCUUACUGAGGAUACGCUCUCACACCCAGCAAUGCUUCCACCCAUGUUACAAGAUUAUUGCACUGCAAAUACUGCAAGCAGCUCAUCAGCUUUGUUUCCUCUGAAAGCACUAUAUCUGCUCACGACUUUUCUCAUAGCAGUCAGCCGAUCAUGACAUCCUUUGUAGUGGUUUUAUCCUCUGUAGCCUUUUUUUUCCCUUUCUUUCUUUGCUUUUCAUGUCUGCUCUUGGUUUUCAUGUAUUUGCACCCUAAUCUGAAUACACUGUAAAUUUGAAUAUC